AAAGCACACCACAGGCACACUCACUCACACAGAUCCGGAGGUGAAGGUUACUCAACAAUUUCUCUUACUUCCUGCUAAGAUGCAGAUUUUGACACCAAACAAGAACCGCUUGAUGACAUGUACACAAAGUUGUGGCAUGGCUCUUCACACUGCCAUCUGAAUGCUUGCAGACAAAAAGGAGGGAAAAGAGAACUGUGAAAUCGUUUACAUAGCAACUUCCGCUUUCCUGUUCUCUUCUGGAUUGCAAGAUCUUCCUUGUUUUUUAUUAAUUUUCUUAAGUUGAUAAAUUUGUUCAAAACCAAUCUCCAUGCCAUUGGCUACCAAUACCAAGGUGGCACAAGGGACUGGAGCUGGGCCGGUUCUCUGCCAAAAUGCUAGUACGACUGCUGAAACAGGUGGAGGUACAGGAGGGAUCUACUCUGCCAUCCUCAGCCGCAACCAGCCCAUCAUCGGAGCAAAGGAGAAGACUUUUUACGAGCUCCAUAACAAAUUUCUCAAAAAGAAGAUUCUUUAUGAAGAUCCAGAUUUCCCAGCAAAUGAGUCCUCCCUUUUCUAUAGUCAAAAGCUCCCUGUCAAAUUUGAGUGGAAGAGGCCACCAGAAAUUUGUGAGAACCCACGUUUCAUAAUUGGUGGAGCCAACAGGACUGACAUUUGUCAAGGGGAACUAGGCGAUUGUUGGUUCCUGGCUGCCAUUGCUUGUCUGACCCUGAAUGAAAAACUGCUGUUCCGGGUCAUACCACAUGAUCAGACCUUCAUAAAAGAUUAUGCCGGGAUCUUUCACUUCCAGUUUUGGCGUUAUGGAAGUUGGGUGGAAGUUAUCAUUGAUGACCGCUUGCCAACAUAUAACAACCAACUGGUCUUUACCAAAUCCUCCCAGCAAAAUGAAUUCUGGAGUGCCUUACUGGAAAAAGCUUAUGCAAAGCUUCAUGGGUCUUAUGAGGCACUAAAAGGAGGCAACACCACUGAGGCCAUGGAGGAUUUCACAGGAGGUGUAACAGAGUUCUAUGAGAUAAAGGAUGCUCCUAAAGAUAUAUAUAAAAUCAUGAAGCAUGCCAUUGAGAGAGGGUCACUGAUGGCCUGCUCCAUUGAGGAUAAUAAUGGAUUUAUUUAUGAAAAUACUCCCACAACUAAGAUUGGAUUAUUAAUUACCCAAAUGUUAAACAAUAUGAAUUGUGGAGCACAGAAUGACUCAACCCCACCUAUGGAGGACAAAGUAUCUCAGGCUAGAGCUCCAAUAGUCUUUGAGAGACGCAUGGCUAAUGGACUGGUUCUAAGCCAUGCCUAUUCAGUUACAGGAGUGGAAGAGACAACAUUUAAAGGAGAGAAAAUAAAACUGAUACGGUUAAGAAAUCCUUGGGGACAAGUAGAAUGGAACGGAGCUUGGAGUGACCGUUCAGAUGAAUGGAAUGUUAUUGAUUCUUCAGAGAAGACCCGACUGCAGUAUAAAGUUUCAGAGGAUGGGGAGUUCUGGAUAUCUGGGAAAGAUUUCCUGAGGUACUUCACAAAGCUUGAAAUAUGUAAUAUCACACCUGACGCUUUAGAGGGUGAUAAACUUCACACAUGGACAGUUUCAGUCACUGAAGGGCGAUGGGUGCGAGGCUGCACAGCUGGAGGCUGCCGUAACUAUCCAGAUACAUUUUGGACCAAUCCUCAGUUUCGCUUGAGACUUCUGGAAGAAGAUGAUGAUCCAGAAGACAGUGAAGUUGUGUGCAGUUUCUUAGUUGCACUGAUGCAGAAAAACAGGAGGAAAGAACGUAGGCUUGGAGCCAAUUUUCUCACAAUUGGUUUUGCCAUCUAUGAGGUGCCAAAAGAGAUGCUGGGUGACAAUAAGCAUCUGCAAAAGGAUUUUUUCCUCUAUACUGCCUCAAAGGUGAAGUGUAAGACUUACAUAAACAUGAGGGAAGUUGCUGAACGCUUUCGGUUGCCUCCAAAUGAGUAUGUAAUCAUCCCAUCCACAUAUGAACCUCACCAAGAGGGAGAGUUUAUCCUUAGAGUUUUCUCAGAAAAAAGAAGUCUAUCAGAGGAAGUUGAAAACAAGAUUGCAGUAGGACAAAUUUCUCCAAUCAUCUUUGUCUCAGAUAGAGCAAACAAGAACAAGGAUCCGAAAGGUGGUGAGGGGCACAAAAAGGACAAGGAGAAAACACUCUCUGAUAAGAAAAAGAAAACUGAUAAGCCUGCACAGAGAGAUUCCGAUAAGGAGACUGAAGAAGACAAACAGUUCAGAAAUAUUUUUCGGCAGAUUGCUGGAGAUGACAUGGAGAUCAGUGCUGAUGAACUCAGGAAUGUUCUCAACAAUGUUCUGAAAAAGCACAAGGAGCUGAAGACAGAAGGGUUUGCACUAGAAUCUUGCCGCAGUAUGAUUGCCUUAAUGGAUACAGAUGGUUCUGGGAAAAUAAACCUUGAAGAGUUUCGACACCUUUGGAACAAGAUUAAAAGCUGGCAGAAAAUUUUCAAACACUAUGACACUGAUCAGUCAGGAACCAUUAACAGCUAUGAGAUGCGUAAUGCAGUAAAAGAUGCAGGAUUUCAGCUGAAUAACCAAUUGUAUGACAUCAUUACAAUGCGGUAUGCUGACAGAAAUAUGAAUAUUGAGUUUGACAGCUUUAUCUGCUGCUUUGUCAGGCUAGAAGGAAUGUUCCGUGCAUUUAAUGCCUUUGAUAAAGAUGGAGAUGGUAUUAUUAAACUGAAUGUCUUAGAGUGGUUGCAGCUCACCAUGUAUGCCUGAAGGCCACACUUGUGUUCUUACCAUUACUUAUCCUCUUCUCACAAUGAGAGCCAGAUUUCUGUCAAAAAGAAGCCUGCCAUUAUUGAGUUGCAGAAUCUUUUAUAUAUAUAUUUCCUCUGACAGCUACAAGGGGAGUACAGUUUGUGUACAAACAAAAAGUGAUAUCUAUCUCCCUUUACCAGAUAAGAUUUGUGAAUCUAAAGUCUACUUUUAUCACUUAUUGAACUGACAUCGACAGUACCAUAUGUUCCAUAUAGAAAAAGAUAACUGCCACCAUUGCACUGGGAAAUACCGUUAUGCUGCAUACUGGCCUAAUUACAAUGUUACACUAUUAGUUGUCUGCUAGUGCUAUAGGACUUUCCUCCUCUCCUCACUCCACAAAAUCAUUCUCUACAGUUUUCCCCAGCUUUCCGCAGCAGGUUUCAAAGGCUUCCAUCAGCAGGAAGACCCCCUUUGAAUCCUGGACAAGUUUACAUGUUUGUUGGAAAUUAUACCUGUUGUUUGCUUUAAAGAUAAUAGAUUUUGCAGUGUGGAAAUCUUCAGUGUUAAGGAAUGUUAAGUUAUCACUAUUAAAUAGAUUUUCAGAAAUACCCAAA